CUCCAGGAAGUAAACGAAACCAUUCUGUCGUUGGAGAAGAGUGUGUCAAGGAAGCUGAAUUAUAACAUCGCUGAAAUAUCAGAUAAAUUCAUAGACGGGGCGAUCGUUCUGUCCCUGCCUGCUGUCGUCAUGGACACCUCAUUUCAGCAGAUUACAGUGGAUCCCACUUUAGCUGAGAUGGGGAAGAACCUCAAUGAAGCCAUGAGGAUUUUAGAAGAUGGUCAUAGGGAGAGUGAGGAGCAGUGGAGGCACAGCAGGAAGGAUAUUCCAGGACCACUGCAAGGCAGCGGACAGGAUGUGGCCCAUAUUCUCCAGCUGGUACAGAACCUCAUGCAUGGAGAUGAAAACGAGGACUCGCAGUCUCACCGCAGGAUGCAGAAUGUGGGAGAGCAAGGUCACAUGGCCUUGCUGGGGCACAGUCUGGCUGCCUACAUCUCAGUGCUGGACAAGGAGAGGCUGCGCAAACUGACCACUCGCAUCCUCUCCGACACCACCCUCUGGCUCUGCAGACUCUUCAGAUAUGAGAACGGUUCAGCGUGCUACCACGAGGAUGACCGGGAGGGGCUCCUGAAGGUAUGCCGGCUCGUUAUCCACUCCCACUUCGAUGAUUACAGCACAGAGGGCUUCAACGUGCUAUACAACAAACAGCCUGUCAUCUACCAGAGCACCGCCUGCAGGUCAGGCCUGGGGCAGCACCUCUGCAACCAGCUGGGCCUGCCUUUCUCCAGCCUCUGCACAGUCCCCUGUAACACCAUGUUUGGCUCCCAGCACCAGAUGGAUGUUGCUUUGCUAGACAGACUCAUUAAAGACGACGUGGACUCUGGGAAGCUGCCCUUGCUACUUAUCGCUAACGCUGGCACGCCUGCUGCAGGACACACGGACAAGCUGGGCCGUCUGAAGGAGCUGUGUGCCCAGUACAGCAUGUGGCUUCAUGUCGAGGGGGUAAACCUGGCAACCCUGGCUUUGGCAUAUGUUAAGUCCUCAGUAAUGGCCGCCACUAAGUGUGACAGCAUGACCCUGACGCUGGGACCCUGGCUGGGGCUGCCGGCUGUGCCUGCGGUCACCCUGUACCGACACGAGGAUCCUGCCUUGACGCUGGCAGCGGGCCUGACCUCCAGCCAGCCUGUGGAGAAGCUGCGUGCGCUGCCACUCUGGCUGUCCCUGCAGUACCUGGGACAUGAUGGCAUCGUGGAGCGCAUCAGACACGCCUCCCAGCUGAGCCAGAGACUGUUAGAUCAUCUGACAAAGCAGACAGCUAUUACCACAGCGGUGGAAGAUGAUUUAAACUCCCCGGUGGUUGUCUUUCGGUUUGCACAGACCAAUGCUAACUUAGCUGAGAGUGGGGGUCCACUAGAGACACCCCCCAGCAAUGACCGAGAGAUCCAGGACACCCUGAACCGAUGGCUGGGAGAGCAGCUGGCCCUGCUGGUUCCAGCCAGUGGAGUGGACAUAGUGAACCUGGAGGAUGAGGGAAGCUGUGUGAGGUUCAGUCCCCUGAUGACAUCAGCAGUUUUGGGAACGAAAGACGAGGAUGUGGACGCGCUGGCUGAGCGUCUGCAGGAGAAGAUCCCUGUUCUGAUCAGCACCCUGCAGCUGCGAGAGGUGUUCAGAAAGGAGGUGCGCCGCACUGCUGCACUCACUUACAUAGAGGACCUCAGCUGGCCAGGACUGGGAACAGUUAGGUACGAGAUGAGCAGUGACGAGCCUGAUGAGAAUAAGAGGCAGGCAGAGCUGGAGAAGAUAAGCAGCAUGCUGCUGAAGAAACUAAAGGAGCUGGACUCUGACCUGACCUUCUCUACAGGACCAGAGUUUGGCCCAGAGAAAAACUGCCUUUACAUUGGCAUGGCAACGGAAGAUCUGGAUGUGGCAGAGUUGGUGGAGAUGAUCGCUGCCAUUGGACGAGAGAUCGAGGAGAACUCCAGGCUCCUGGAGAACAUGACUGAGGUGGUCCGCAAGGGGAUCCUGGAGGCAGAGCUGCAGCUACAGAAAGCCACAGAGGAGAAACUCCUGGAGGAAGGGGUUUUGCGUCAGCUACCUGUUGUUGGUUCCGUCCUGAACUGGUUUUCGCCCGUCCAGAGCUUGGUGAAGGGAAGGACCUUUAACCUGACGGCAGGUUCCGUGGACUCUACAGAGCCAACCUACUCAAUGAAAGCUCAAAGCACUGGAGGAUCACUGCCUCCCACUCCCACCUCUGCCCGCACCAAACACAGGAUCCCAGGUCAGAAGCUGUUCCGAAGGUCACUAUUCAGCUCAGACUGUGUCAGUGAGACAAGCUCAGUGGGUCAGGUAGAGGAACUGGAGAAGGAGGAGCGUAGAGAGACUGCCCUUGAGGGAAGGGAGACCGAAGUCCAAAAAGAACCUGAACCCAAGGCUGAGCAGAGGGGAGAAACCCCAGGAGAGGGCGAGCAAGAGGGAAAGCGAGAGCUGGAGGUAGAAGGCAGGGAGACAGAGAAUCCCUAUAUCCUGAGAUAGGCACGCCAGGGGAGGUUUGAGGUGUGUGGUUGCAGCAGCUCAGCCUGGGUGUGGGGGAAGCCAAGUAUAUCCAGAUUAUUUUAUAUUGAGAAAAAUAAUACAUAUGGUAAAAAGUUAAUCUGUAACCUGUAGUGAAUUUGCAAUUUGAGAAUACCUGAAACUCAAAGUAUAAAGAAUGUGAUAACAAACCGGUCCCUUGCAGCAGCAUUGGGUUUUUUUUUUUUUUUUUUUCACAAUUCAAGGUUUGCUAGUUCAUUUCUGAAUAUUAAUUUAAUCCUGGAUUCAUCUGGGCUGAACUAAAAGUUUAGCAAUGUUAAAUCUGUAUCAUGCUGUACAGUGAUACAGGACCUUCUAAUCUAUUUAUGGUCAACAAAAGCCCUGUACUUACGGAAUUCUGCAUCUCUCGAAGUAAAGUUUGAAAACCUGAUGUCACUAAUGGCUUGGCACACUAAUUGCUUGUUGCGAUUUGUACUUAUUUAUUUGCGAUAAAAUUGCUUCAAGUAAAAGUUGACCAUCUCUUUAACAAGAGUCUGUCAAUCGGUGAAUGUGCCAUUGUACAGUUAGCAUAUAUAUAUAUAUAUAUAUAUAUAUA